UCUGAUUGUCACACCUGCAGCACCGGGCUCCAGGGCUGCCUGGAGCGGCCUCCGGAGAUGCGCCCGCGCUGCGGCCCCAGCUCAGCCGAGCGGGCGGCGGGUGCGGCACCGACGGCGGCACCCCCAGCCCCGGGGCCCGGCCCUCGGCCGCGGGCGAGCCCCGGCGCCGCCGCAGCACCCUCGUAAGAUGCGGCGCUAGCCCUGGGGGCUGCGCGCCUCCCUCCGCUUCCUCGGAGCCGCGCUCCGCCCGCCCGUGCGGGAGCCGUGAGCGCGGACCGGAGCCGCCGCCUCGCCUCGCCGCGCCGCCCCCGCGGCGGGACACGCGCGCAGGUAACGCGGGGCGGGCGCGGAGCCGCCAGGGGGGCUCGGCUCGGCUCGGCUCGAUUCGACUCGGCUACGCUCCGCUCAGGACUGUAAAAUGGAUUUAGAAUUCAAAGACCGUAACAACAGCACACUUACCAAGAACACCUCUGCUACAACAAAGAAUUUUUCUGCCUGGGAAGACUAUAAGAGUAGUGUUGAUGACAUGCAGUACUUUCUCAUUGGGCUGUACACACUUAUAAGUCUGGCUGGCUUUGUGGGAAAUCUGCUUAUACUAAUGGCCCUACUAAAGUGCAAGCAGAAGACAGUAAUAAACAUUCUCAUUGGAAACUUGGCCUUUUCUGACAUCUUGGUUGUGCUGUUUUGUUCACCUUUCACACUGACAUCCGUCCUGCUUGACCAAUGGAUGUUUGGCACUGUCAUGUGCCAUGUAAUGCCCUUCCUCCAGUGUGCCUCAGUCCUAGUUUCAACUUUGAUGUUAAUAUCUAUUGCUGCAGUCAGGUACCGUAUGAUAAAGUAUCCCCUCUCCAGCAAUCUCACAGCAAAACAAGGCUAUUUCUUAAUAAUGAUCAUUUGGGCCUUUGGCUUCACAAUUUGUUCCCCUCUGCCAGUUUUCCAUAAAACCGUGGACCUCAGCAAAACUCUGAAUUUAGAGGGACUGGAGAACAGGCUGCUGUGCAUCGAGUCAUGGCCUUCUGAUUCCUACAGGAUCGCCUUCACAAUAGCCUUGCUGUUCAUGCAGUACAUCCUGCCGCUGGCGUGCCUGACCGCCAGUCACACCAGCGUCUGCAGGAGCAUAGGUGCUAGGCUGUCAAACAAGGAAAACAAGUUUGAAGAAAAGGAGAUGAUAAACCUAACUCUUCACCCCUCUAAGAGCGCUGGCACGCAGGUUCAACCCUCCAGAUACUCCAGGUGGAGCUGUGCCUUUGGCAGAAGGCACCACAGAAGAUACAGUAGAAAGACUUCAAGUGUGAUGCCAGCUAUUUCAAGGCAUCAUCAGGAUACUCAUUCCAGAGAUCUCCCAGAAAACUCUGACACAGAAAAAAGCCAGCUCUUUUCCUCCAGUAAAUUCAUCCCUGGGAUCCCUAUCUGUUUUGAAAUGAAACCAGAAGAAAAUACAGAGAUCCAGAACAUGAUUACAGUAUCCCAGUCCAUCAUCAGAAUUAAGACAAGAUCGAGGAGGGUUUUUUGCAGACUGACAGUGCUAAUACUAGUUUUUGGCUUCAGCUGGAUGCCUCUUCACCUUUUCCACAUUGUCACAGAUUUUAAUGCCACUCUCAUUUCCAACAGGCACUUUAAAUUAGUAUAUUGCAUAUGCCAUUUGUUGGGUAUGAUGUCCUGCUGCUUGAAUCCCAUUCUCUAUGGGUUUCUUAACAACAGCAUAAAAGCUGAUUUAAUGUCCCUUAUUCCGUGCUGCCAAAUACCAUGAUUUUAUGUGCCCCAAGAUAAAGUAAAACAAACAAGUAUGGCUUUCAAGCCUAGUGGUGUGUAUAGCUGUAAAAGCUAAAUUAGUUUAGUUUAGUUUAGUUAGUGUGAGUUGGUUGUGAUCAGUAACAUUUUUUUGUGGAUGGAUAGUUCUAUGGCUUCACGUAUUUCUUGCAUUGGGCAGAAAUAUAUGCAUAAGCUAUAAUAUUCUUUUAUCUGUUACAUGUAGCGAAUCAUGCCCAGCGUACAAAACCAGAAUACAAUUUUCAUUACCCAAAUUGUUGGCAACCUGUACUUUGGAAUUAUACAGAAUAUAUAAUGAGUAAUAAAUGUGAGACAGACUACUUAGACAUAUCAGUAUUAACUGUCAUAAAACCAUAAUAAAAUGCAUAUAAUUUACUAAAUAAUUAUUGUUGAAAUUAUUUCAGUGCCAACUUUGACUGUUUUCUAAUAUAAUUAAAUCUCUCUGGAUGUUAUUAGGAAAAUAUUUUUCCUUAGCUCUUUGACUCAUGGUUUGCAAUAUCUUUGCAAGAUGUUUUGCUGCUUAUUCCUAGGUUGCCUUAUUCCCUGGAAUGGGUUUUGAGGGUCAUUGUUCUUGCCUUGAUAGGUUGUAUUUGGUAAAUACAGUGAGAUGGAAACAAUCUCUGAUUUCCUCAGACAAUUUUCACUCUGGCUUGUCAUUUUAUGUCAUUUUCAUCCAGCCUGAAUUUAUCUAUAGUUAUGUCUUUAUUCUCACAGUGAUGACACCCCUGAACAUACAACACAUUUCUGAUCACAGUAAGCCUUCAUUAUCUAAGCAAAUGAUAGUGGAAAGAAAAAGAAAAUGGAAAGACAUCAGGAAUUUUUCUCUUCCUUUGCCAAAAUGCAAAAGCUUUCUGCACUUCAUUAUAACUUACCCACUUGCUUUGGAAAGGUAUGACAGCUUUCAAAUAAACAUGUGUGUGUGUGCCUUGACAGAUGGGGCAGGACGGGCAGAGUGGAUUACUUUUAAAUUCAACAAAGGCAAAUGCAGGGUCCUGCCCCUGGGGAGGAAUAACCUGUCCCUGCAGCAGGACAGGCUAGGGGUGACCUGCUGAAACCAGCUCUGCAGAGAAGGGCCUGGGGGCCCAAGCUGUCCAUGAGCCAGCAGUGUCCUUGUGGCCAAGAGGCCAACGGUGGCCUGGGGAGAAUUAGGAAGAACAUUCCAGCUGGUCAAGGGAGGUGAUCCUGCCCCUCUGGUGGCAGGAUCUGGUGAGGCCACAUCUGGAGUGCUGUGUCCAAUUCUGGGUUCCUCAGGACAAAAGAGACAUGGAGCUUGUGGAAUGGAUCCAGUGGAGCACAACAAAAAUGAUGACCAGACUGGAGCAUCUCUCUUACAAGGACAAGCUGAGAAAGCUGGGCCUUUCACACUCAAAAAGAGACAACUGAGAUAGGAACUCAUCAAUGUCUGUCAGUGUCUAAAAGGAAGGUGCCACAGGGAUGUUUCCAGGCUCUGCUUGGGGGUGCAGAACAAUAGGACAAGAGGCCAGGCAGUAACUGAUGAACAGAAAGUUCUACCUGAACCUGAGGAAGAACUUCUUUACUGUGUGGGUGACCACACCCUGGAACAGGCUGUCCAGAGAGGCAGUGGAGUUUCUCUCACUGGAGAUAUUCAAGAACUGUCUGGAUGCAAUCCUGUGCCUUGUGUGCUGGAAUGACCCUGCUUGAGCAGAGAGGUUGGAUCAGAUGUGACACACUGAGGUCCCUUCCAACCUGAUAACCUGAUCCAUUCUGUCAUUCUAUGUGUGUAAACACGUGUGCAAACACACAAAUACCCCCCCUCCCCCCACCCACACACACGUUUUCUGCAUCUCUCCUCUCUCCUUUUCUCCUUUUUAACCAGACCAGUACUUAGGCUUCCAAAUUUAAAUCACAGGUAUCUUCCCUAAGUCAUAUUAUA